UGUUGUUUUCUUAAGGAAAUUGGUUUGUAAUUAACUGUUUCAUUAUUGUUUCUUUGUUUGAUUGUCAUCAAUUUAAUUAGAUGAAAAUUGUCUCUUUUUAACACCAAGAAUCCAUUGAAAUGUUUGUUGCUCGAAAUGUUGAGGCAGAUCAUAAGGAUUUAAUCCACGAUGUUGCUUAUGAUUUUUAUGGAAGACGAUUGGCCACUUGUUCAAGUGAUCAAAGUGUUAAAGUUUGGGAUCUUGGUGAAGAUGGUCAAUGGCACUGUACGUCUAGUUGGAAGUGUCACACAGCAUCAGUUUGGAAAGUUACCUGGGCUCAUCCAGAGUUUGGUCAAGUAUUGGCGACCUGUUCUUUUGACCGGAGUGCAGCUAUUUGGGAGGAAUUACCAGCUGAUAGUAUAAGUGGUGGAGAAUCAAAUUCUUGGGUACGUCGGGCUUUUCUUGUUGACAGUCGCACCUCAGUAACUGAUGUUAAAUUUGCACCAAGACAUUUGGGUCUUCUACUUGCAACCUGUUCUUCAGAUGGAAGCUUAAGAAUCUAUGAAGCCCCUGAUGUUAUGACCUUAAGCCAAUGGUCUGUUCAACAUGAGAUAAAUUGUAAAAUAUCUCUGAGUUCAAUUACCUGGAAUCCAUCUCGUAUUCAUCCUCCCAUGAUUGCUGUUGGCAGUGAUGAUUCAUCUGCAGGCGGUAAAGUGAUUGUUUUUGAGUUUAGUGAAAAUACCCGGCAAUGGAUUAAGAUUGAAGUUAUAAGUCUUGUGAGUGAUCCAGUUCAUGAUAUCGCUUUUGCACCGAAUGUCGGUAGAUCUUACCAUUUACUUGGAAUUGCUUCUCGUGAUGUUAAGAUACUUUCCAUUAAGCCUUUUGAUGGACAAUCAACAAAUCUUGCUCAUCAAUCAAGCAACACACAACUCAAUCAAAAAUUUGAAAUAAAACAAGUCGCUCAAUUCAAUGAACAUGGAGCUCAGGUUUGGAGAGUCUCUUGGAAUAUAACAGGAACCAUUUUAGCCUCAUCAGGGGACGACGGAAGUGUCCGGCUAUGGAAAGCUAAUUAUUUGGACAACUGGAAAUGUGUCACUGAAUUGAAAAGUCAUUCUAAUCAAUCUUUUCAUGGAGUAUCAAGCAAUCAAGGAGAUCGUUCUGGUACCUCAGAGGGUAAAAACACUAAAGGUCACCGGAAUUUCAGCUCUCUGGUCAGUCCUGGUCCAAUGACUCGUCACUAAAUCGUCUCAUUAGUGAUACCGAAAAUUUAGAAAUCAUUUUUCUCUUCGAAUUGUUUUUUUUUCAUCUUCAUAUUUUCUGCACAAUCGAAACUGCCAAUCUCAUCUCCCAUCAAUGGCCAAUGAUAGAUAAAUAAAAGAAAGAUCCAUUUCCAA